AGUCUGCAGCCGUUACUCUGCGUCUGGAAGGGCUUGCUGGGAAAUCAAGGAUGAAGCUCCUUUUCGUGGCUGCCUUUGCACUCUUUGUGCUCUCUACAAUCGACCAGGCUGACUCUUCAGCUUAUGACAAAAUAGUCGCCCACAGUCGCAUCAGGGCAAGAAAAGAGGGACCCAAUGUCUGCGCUCUCCAGCAAGUCAUGGGGACCAAGAAGAAGUACUUUAGCACUUGCCGUAAUUGGUACCAAGGGGCCAUUUGUGGAAAGAAAGCGAUUGUGCUUUAUGAGUGCUGCCCCGGGUACAUGAAGCUGGAGGGCAUGCGUGGUUGCCCUGCAGUGGCUCCGAUUGACCAUGUGUAUGGCACCUUGGGUCUGGUGAAAGCAACCUCAACCCAAAAUUACGCAGAUAUUUCUAAGCUGAGGCCCGAGAUUGAGGGAUCCGGAUCUUUUACCUUGUUUGCCCCAAGCAACGAGGCCUGGGAGGGUUUGGAUGAGACAGUGAGGGGUGCACUGGUCAGCAAUGUCAACAUUGAACUGUACAACGCUCUGCAUUACCACAUGGUCAACAAACGCCUCUUGACCAAGGAUUUAAGGAAUGGACAGACAGUCACCUCCAUGUACAACGAUCUUGGUCUCCAUAUUAACCAUUAUUCCAACGGGGUGGUGACUGUGAACUGCGCCAGGGUUAUCUACGGCAACCAGGUGGCCACCAAUGGAGUCGUGCAUGUCAUUGACCGUGUGAUCAGUGCUGUUGGAAACACCAUUCAGGAUGUCAUUGAGGUUGAUGACGACCUGACAACUCUGAGUGAUGUGGCUCAUUCUGCUGGGCUGUUGGAGAAGCUGGGUCAGCCAGGACACUACACUCUCUUCGCCCCCACCAACGAAGCCUUUGCGAGUCUGGGCACCGAUGCGUUGGAGAGACUUCAGAGCGAUAAGGAGGCCAUCCAAGCACUUAUGAAUUUCCACCUGCUGGACUCAGUCCAGUGCUCGGAGGCUAUUUUAGCCGGCAGCUCUUACGAGACCUUGGAGGGCAACAACAUUGAGAUUGGCUGCGAUGGCCAAAGCUUAACUGUCAACGGCGUCAAGAUGGUGCGCAAGAAGGACAUUGUUACCACCAACGGUGUCAUCCACCUUAUUGACCGAGUGCUCAUGCCAGACUCAGCUAAGCAGGUGAUGGAGCUGGUGGGAAGUUCCCAGUCAACCUUUGGCGACAUGGUGUCCGAGCUGGGCUUUUCUGCCUCCAUGAGGCCCGAGGCUGAGUACACGUUGCUUGCUCCCCUCAACACUGCCUUCAACGAUGAAAUAAUGUCCAUGGAUCAGAGGUUGCUCAGGAUUAUCCUGGAGAGUCACAUCCUGAAGAACAAGAUUGUCCUGGGACAGUUGUACAACGGCCAGCGGCUGGAGACCAUUGGAGGAAAACUUCUGCGGGUCUUCAUCUAUCGUACGGCUGUCUGCAUUGAAAACUCCUGUCUGAUACGGGGCAGUAAAGAAGGAAGUAACGGCGCCCUUCAUCUCAUGAGGACUUUUUUGAAACCAGCGGAAAAAACUAUGUAUGAGAUUCUGUCAGAAAAUGGAAGUUUCAAGAUCUUUUUGUCCCUCAUGGAAGCCGCUGGCUUGACUGACGUGCUGAAACAGGAGGGAGACUUUACCCUGUUUGCCCCGAGUGAUAAGGCCUUCGCUGGUCUGAGCGAAAGUGAUUUUUCUUUGUUGAAGAGUGACAUGAACGCUCUCAGAACGAUCCUCCUGUAUCACAUGAAUAACGGCAUCUUCAUCGGUGGUGGUCUGGAGACGGGGGUGACAAACCUUCUCAAGUCUCUCCAGGGCAGUAACCUCAGAGUGUUGUUUGCAAACAACACUAUGCAAGUCAAUUCUGUCCAAGUCCCUGAAUCUGAUAUAAUGGCCACAAAUGGAGUCAUUCACUUCGUCAACCAAGUCUUGUAUCCCGGAGAUAUCCCAGUUGGAAGCCAGGAUUUCCUCAUGCUAUUCAAGAGGCUCAUCACUUACAUGCAAAUCAAGUACAUUUCAGGAUUCAGAUAUCAGGAAAUUCCCCUGACAUUUUUGAAGAGGAUCGUCACUCGUGUCAUCCAGGAAGUUCCCGAGGUGACCAAAGUGACACGGCUCAUUGAAGGUCAACCGACCAUCACCAAAUUAACCAGGGUCAUCGAAGGUCAACCCACCAUCACAAAGGUUACCAGAGUCAUUGAGGGCACGCCCGCCGUCACCAAGGUGACGAGGGUAAUUCAGAGCGAACCAUCCAUCACCAGUGUCACCAGGGUUGUCACAGGCCCUCAGUACUCAGUCAACACUGGAACCACCAACAUCGAACUGGAAGGCGGCGAUUUUUCAGAAUUUGACAGUGAAAAGCUUACCAAAAUCAUCCAAGAAGGCGGUUCAAGAAGAACUGGCACCGGGAGAGUUAUAGCUGGUAACAGGAGGAGAGGAAGGGACUGAGCUUGGACGGAUGAGAAGAUCGACCUUGUAAAGAAAGAGUGAGACUCCAAACGCAGAGGUUGAGACUUGUGUUUCAGUGCAGGGGAUACACUUACAGUGUCAUUGAUUUCAAAUAUACGGUAAAAGGCCUAACUGACAAAAAAAAUGAACUACUCACGUCAACAAUUUAGUGGUGCUUUGAAUGUAUAUCUACUAUGAGUGUGCACACUAUGAAAACAGUCCUUUUAGUGCAGUUUAUGUUUACUGUGUUCAAAAGAAGAUUUUGGCAUGACUUUAAAACAGAGCAAGUCAGGGUAGCAAUCAAAUCUUUUAAUAAGCCAUUAGGGUAUCAAUAAAAAAAAAUCAAUUCACAACUUCUCUAUGACUUUGCUUGAGGUGAAGGUUGAAGCAAGAAGAUUUUACUUGUUUGGGAAGAUUUCUAAAUCUCAGCAUGAUAACAAUUGAAAAUUGUGUGUGAUUUUUUUUUUUAAGACUUUAAUUGAAACAUUAUUUUACAUUCUCUGGCUGUAAGCUGCUGAAGGAUUCAUGUAAAUGUCCUCUACGUUUGUAUCAUUUGAACAAUGUGUACAACUGCAGGUUUUUUCUUGUUUCUAUUUUCCAGACAUCUUCCUAAUAAAAUUCUCUCUUUGAUAUAAA